AGGCAAAACAGAAAAAACAAAAAAAAAAAAGAAACGGAAAGGCCAGUUUGCACAUUAAAUUCCUUUUCCACAAACCCCAUCAGCAUCUCUCCGGCUAUUUAAACCCCCAAAUAUCCUCCAUUCCUCCCCACCACCUAAGCUUCCUUUCCCUUCACUUCCUAAUCCCUCUCUUCCAAUUUUCCUUAGCCCAAACUCCAUCAUGUCUAAGAACAUCACCCUUGUGCUCAUAGCCCUCCUCGUCUGUGUGUCCCUGACCCAAGCUUCCAGGCCUGUCCCAGCGGAUCCUAAGCAAACAUCACUUGAGGCUGUGAAGCAGGAGAUACCUGAGAAAGUGGAAGGAUGUGAGGGGCUUAGUGAGGAUGAAUGCUUGAUAAGAAGGACUCUGGUUGCCCAUGCUGACUACAUCUACACCCAGGAGAAGCACAACUAGAAGGAACUCUAGUUUUGUUGCUAGAAUGAUGCUUGUCUUUGGUAGCCCAAGCUGGGAUCUUGUAGAUGUUUUCUAUCAAAUGAUGGUAGAAUUUAUUUUAAUGGGCUUCUUUUGUGGGUAUGUGUGUGUGUGUGUAUUUGCUUUUGGUUUUUGCAUCUCUGUUUGGGUUUGUUAUUGUAAACUUUUGACUGUUUUUUGGGUAGUCAAAAAGGGUGGAGAGAGGUGGUUCAGCUCUGCAAUUCCUGCAAUCCAUCGGUUACUUUAGGAUUUUAUUAGUUUAUGAAUAUUUGAAUAUUAGUUGGAGUCU